CGCACAGCUGACUCCCUCACUCACAACUUCGCACUUAUAUGGACGAAUAAUUCGGGAGGGCUAAUAAUAACCAGGAGAAAGGGUCAGUGUUAGCUGGUUAAAUAUAGAACCAUGCAGACUAUUUCCGUUCUGCUCAGAGGCUCAGGUCACAACUUCCCAGCUGGUUCAUCGUUAGUAUAAGCGAGCGAGGUUAUCAGAAUAGUUGAUUCAAGCCAAGUCCUUUCUUAGGUCAAUUCCGCGCCCGUGUUGGUCCCGCUGCCUUGUCGGCAUCCAACCAGCGUUCUAGACAAAACUUCGGGCCGUGUGGUAACGCCCACUUAAAGGAUCGAUCUCCAAACCACGCCCAAUAACUUUUCGUACACUUUCCCAGGAGUUCGCACUUUUUGCCACGCCCAUAGGUCAUUACUCUUUCAGCAGGUGCCCCAAGCCCUCACUUUACGUCUUUGCCUCACAACUCUUUUCUUUCUCACCAUCUCCUUGGGCUUAAGUUAUAUUCCUCAAUGGCUUCCAGUGGCAAAAUCGACUUGAAUUCACCAACCAUCACCUGGAAAGAGGCAAAAAGUUACUUAAAGGGCCUAAACAACAAGCAAAAGAGAGACCAUUACAGCGUGAAAGAUUUUAUCAAAUUGAAGCAAAUCCCCGUCUGGAAAGACACUGCCAAAAAAGCGAACAUCAAACAACCAGAGGAGGGAAAAUAUGCCAAGAACAAAGCUCUAAAUGAAAAAGUAUCACUUUUCAGGGGAGACAUAACCAAACUAGAGGUUGAUGCCAUCAUCAACACAGCUAACAGUUCUCUGCUGGGAGGUGGAGGAGUUGAUGGAUGCAUACACAGAGCUGCUGGCCCUCUCUUGAAGCUGGAGUGCAGCUCUCUUGGUGGCUGCCAAACCGGUCUUGCCAAGAUGACCUGUGGUUACCUACUGCCUGCCAAGUAUGUGAUUCACACAGUAGGACCAGUGGUGCAGGGGGACCUCGGAUCUGCUCAGGAGGAAGAACUGAGGAACUGCUAUCGGAACAGCAUGUUAACUGCAGUCGAGGGCAAGCUCCGCUCCGUGGCUUUCCCUUGCAUUUCCACCGGCGUGUUUGGGUAUCCGCCGAAAGCAGCAGCUGAUAUGGCCUUGAGGACCAUACGGGAAUUUCUGGAGGAAAAUAAAGAUAAGUUUGACCGUGUGAUAAUCUGCGUCUUCCUGGAGAAAGACGAAGAGAUUUAUCUCCAAAAGCUUCCAGAAUAUUUCCCUUUGGACUCUACGUAUCCGACCUGUAAACUGCAAGAAUUGCGUUGGAAGCUUUUCACCCUGAAACCCUCCUUCUUCUGCUCGUCCUAUUUGCCUUCAUUAUCAUUAGUAAAGUCAAUUCUAACAAAAAACCUUCACAGUAUGAUUAUUUUAUCCCAAAGAGGAGGGAGGAAUGGAACAGGAAACACCCUAAACAUUUCAGUAAGUGCAGAGUUUAAAAGCACUCAUUGAUUAGCCAUUGAUUUAAUCAGAAAGAUAGCCCAAUAACUGUCACUCAGCAAGAACAGUCCUGUGAAAAGUCCUGUGUAAGGACGGACUAGAAAAUGGUGCUAAAAAACAUUAAAAAAACCUAAUAUCAUGGAAUACCAGGCAGAAUCCAUUCUGAAAGUUCACAUUUGUAUACAUGGGGAAUAUUGAUGUGCAGGUGGGCUGACACCCAGCGUAGGACUAGGCCGGAAAAAACCCAGUAGGCCCCGCUGGCCCACACCCGUUCCACAGAGUGAGACCUCCUCCCCCUCCACU